AUGCACAUCAACAUUGUCAGCAGGAAUGUGGGAAGGCUAAGAAAACAUGCGGACAUCCGUGAGGAGAAGGCAUGUCCAUUCAAGGACAUCAUUACCUGUGACUGUCAGCGCAGGAAGGAGGAAGUUCGUUGUAAUGCUAGGGCUAACGUACCCGAACCUUCCGGCAGACAAACGUCUCUCAAGUGCGACGACGAGUGUGCUAGACUGGAAAGAAACAGGAACUUGGCGCGGGCUCUUCACAUCUCCGACGAUCAUGUUGAUGAUCACGUUCCAUAUUCGCAAUCGACUUUGCAAGCCUAUCUUGAGGAUGUGUCCUGGGCUCACAAGCAGGAGGAAAUCCUAAGACUAUUCGCAGCCGAUGAUGACGAGAAGAGAUACAGAUUUGGUCCAAUGAAAAGCCGACAACGAGCCUUCAUCCACAGCCUUGCAGAAGAUUUUGGUUUUGACGGAGAGAGCCUGGACCCUGAACCCCACCGGCAUGUACUUUUGUUCAAAACCCCCAAAUUUGUGUCAGCUCCUAUGAAAACUCUAGCACAAGCGGCCAGGAUUAAACGGGCUCAACUGAAUAUUGUUGCUCCAAUACACCCGGCCAAGCAAGAGAGGAGACCUGCAGACGAAGUGAUCCAUGACUACAACGGUCUGCUUCUCACGAAACUUAAAUUUGCACUGACAGAGGAUGAAAUAAAGCCUUUGGUCAAAAAGUCGGCGCCAGCCACCGAUUUUGAUAUUAUCUUCAUGCCCAAUGAUGGGGGCGUCGCAUUGCUUCCGUCCAAAUCUUGGGAAACCCCCGAACAGCUAAGAAUCCUGCUCACUAGUUUACAGCCGACAAUCGCUGGUGAGCUCGUCAGGCAUAAUAUUGCAACAGAUGCCGUCUUGUGUCAAUUUGAUCUCUCUGGCAUCGAGCCUCGAGUGAUCCAGCAACAGGGUAAAGUCAGUACCACCAUUGCGACUGGUUGGUCCCAGGUUGCAGCAAAGAGAGCAGUGCCGAUGCAGGCACCUCAAGUGAAGCCGGUUGGACAAAGCCCCAUUUAUACAGUGCUGGGAAGCCGAUUGGCAGAAGUAAAGAGAAAGAAGCAAGAAAACGAGGACAACCUCAGAAGGCAGGCACUGGCACAAGAAGUUGUAGACGAUUGGGAGAAGGAAGUCGAGCAGGAAGCAGACGAGCAGACUGCAGAAAGCACCAAGAAUUCUGGUGGUGGAGAAGCAUGA